AUGUCCGACAUGUCCGAUGCUUCGGUCGAAGUGGACGUCGUAGCUGCCACCUCUGUAAUCAGCGCAUGCGAAACAGGACAGGUUUGGCAAUCUGCCCUGUUGAUCUCACAAAGUACGACGCAGUGCGGACUACCCCCGGAUGUUGUCUGCCGCGGUGCUACACUUAGCGCUUGUGAGAAGGGCUCUCAGUGGAGCUUAGCAUUUCAUCUCGGAAGCAUUCAGGGCGACGCGCAAUCACAAAGCUCGCAUGUCCAAAACUCUUGCUUGGCAGCCAGUGCCAAAGUUGCCGAGUGGCGAGCAGCGAUUGAGAUGGCACUAUCGCUACAGCAUAAACGUGGACAACUGGAUGUCCUGAGUUACGGCAGCGUCCUGCAUGCAUGUGAUGUCAGUUUGAGAUGGCAGCGCGCAGUGCAUAUCCUCUCUCACAUGCAGACAGAGGGACCACAUCCAAACAUUGUAGCUUUUUCCUCGGCGAUCAGUGCGGUAUCUGCCUCCUUGAGAGGUGGCACAUGGGCUCUGCGAGCAUUAGCGGCCUUGAGCACAAGCAGGUUGAAGGCAAACGCGAUUUGCUGCAAUGCAGCAAUUUCAGCAUGUGCAGCUUCCACCCUGUGGUCUGAAAGCAUCCACGUUUUCGGCAACAUGCUGCGCCGUGGACCAGCUCCAACUACGGUCACGCACGGAGCCGUCAUGGCCGUUGCAGAGAGAACAGGGAGGUGGCAUGACGUGCUGCACCUCCUAUCAAUCGGGCAUCAUUCCGGCCUGCGGCCAAGUCUUGUGACAUGCGCCACAUCACUUGCAGCGUGCCGUGGGGACCGUGGAGCCUGGACCCAUGCGACCCAUCUCUUCGAACGCUGCUACAAACGUUACAAUGGCCCAUUGCAGACCCCAACGCUGGUGGUGGCCAACGCCCUCAUUGGGGCCUACAGCGUGGCCGGCAGGUGGCAAGCUGCCCUGGGCGUCUUGGAUGGCUUGCAUGGUUGGAUGCUUCAACCUGAUGUUCUUUCACUUUCAACUGCGUCAUCUGCCGUCGUCGGUUGCAGGGAAGCUCUGGGUGCAUGGAUGCAGACCCUGGGUCUCUUGAGCAUUUUCGAAGCCUCCGCCUUGCAGCCCGACUAUGCAAGCUUGGACUCCAUGCUGUCAAUGUGUGAUCGCGAUCGACAGCCAACGUCUGUGAUCCUAGGAAUGCUGCAGAUUUCUGCUACGAAAGCGCUGGUCGAUUUAGUAGAAAUGGCGCGUGCUCUCGGCGCCUGCAUUCCUCAGCACAUCACUGCGAGAUGA